UCAGGGCUCGCAUCAUGUCAGUUGAUUUCAAGAAAAACCCAGAGUCAGUCCGAAAGGAGGCCAACAAGUGGGUCUCGGUCGAAACGAAAUCAAAGAUCAAAGAGCUCAUUCCGCCCGGUAGUGUGACAGAAAGCACCGUAUUCAUUAUACUCAACGCUAUUUACUUCAAGGGCACGUGGCAACAGCGGUUUGAUGAGAGACACUCAAAAAACAAACCUUUUCACCUCAAUUCCAGAAGCAGUGUGGAAGUGGAAAUGAUGUUCCAGAGGGAGGCACGAUUCAAGGUCGGCCAAUCCACGGAGUUGAAGGCGACGUUAGUGGAAAUGCCGUACAUUGGCGAAACAUUUUCGAUGGUAAUUCUCGUCCCCGAUGAAGUGGAAGGACUGCCUUUCUUGGAAGGGCAGCUCACGGAGUCGCGUCUUCGCUCGGCUCUAAAUAGCCUCGCCAUGAAAGACAACGUGGAGCUUACUCUUCCGAAGUUCAAGCUCGAGUACUCUGCUUCAUUGAACGAUGCGCUGUCUGCCCUCGGAGCCAAAGACUUGUUCAGCGACAGCGCGGACCUUUCUGGUAUCUUUGAGAGCGGCAAGGCUUCUGUCUCGCAGGUCUUCCACAAGGCGUUCGUUCAAGUCGACGAAGAAGGCACGGAGGCCGCGGCUGCUACAGCGGAGAUAGGAAUGGGGUCCAGUGCCCCCAGUGAUAAGCCGGUCACAAGCGUUGUCGUCGAUCACCCAUUUAUGUUCCUUAUCAGGAAAAACGAGGGGAACGUAAUCUUGUUUAUGGGAUCGGUCCAAAGUUCCGGAAUCCUUGGUUGCAUAACCACAACCGAUGGGGACAGCGAUGGAGCUGGCGACGGCGACGUUGGAGGCGGCAACGACGUUGAUCCCGUGUGCUCACUAUCGUAUAGCGCAAUGACGUCAUCCGUACUCGGGGUCUGCCUGCUAAAGCUCUCCAUCGACCUGUACACCCAACUACACUCUCUUAAUAAGGAAGACAACAUCAUCUACUCCCCGUACAGUGUAGGCAGCGCACUUUCAAUGACCCUCGCCGGCGCACGAGGUAACACAGCAAAGCAACUGGCGGCCGUUCUUCACGUCACCGAAAGGGACAAAAUACACGAGCAUUUUAGGCAGUUGUUGAAUGAGUUACCAUACAGCUGGAACUCUGAAAACAGCUUUCACGUGGCCAACCUGAUGUACAGCGAGCGCGAGCUUAAGUUCCCCAAGAAAUUCGAGGCGCUUCUGGAAAGUAACUUCCGGGCUCGCAUCAAGUCAGUUGAUUUCAAGAAAAAUCCAGAGUCAGUCCGAAAGGAGGCCAACAAGUGGGUCUCGGACGAAACGAAAUCAAAGAUCAAAGAGCUCAUUCCGCCCGGUAGUGUGACAGAAAGUACCGUAUUCAUUAUACUCAACGCUAUUUACUUCAAGGGCAGGUGGGCCCAGCCGUUCGAUGAGAGAGACUCGAAAAACCAAACUUUUCAUCUCAACUCCGGAAGCAGUGUGGAAGUGGAAAUGAUGUUCCAGAGUAACGCACAAACGUUAGUUGAAAUGCCGUACUUUGACGAAACAUUUUCGAUGGUAAUUCUCGUCCCCGAUGAAGUGGAAGGACUGCCUUUCUUGGAAGAGCAGCUCACGGAGUCGCGUCUUCGCUCGGCUCUAAAUAGCCUCGCCAUGAAAGACAACGUGGAGCUUACUCUUCCCAAGUUCAAGCUCGAGUACUCUGCUUCAUUGAAGGAUGUGCUGUCUGCCCUCGGAGCCAAAGACUUGUUCAGCGACAGCGCGGACCUUUCUGGUAUCUUUGAGAGUGGCAAGGCUUCUGUCUCGCAGGUCUUCCACAAGGCGUUCGUUCAAGUCGACGAAGAAGGCACGGAGGCCGCGGCUGCUACGGCAGAGAUAGGAGCAGGGUCCACUGCCCCCAGUGAUAAGCCGGUCACACGCGUUGUCGUGGAUCGUCCGUUUAUGUUCCUUAUCCGGAAAAACGAGGGGAACGUAAUAUUGUUUAUGGGAUCGGUCCGUAAGCUUUGAGGCCCGUCGAUGAGGCCUGCAGUUACCUUCUAUAUAAAUAUGAUACAAUAAAGCUAUUGUGUAAAUAAAUACAUGGGCAUCGAUGGAGUAC